GAACCCGAGGUCACUUUGAAGAUACUACGUCCAAUGAAAGAAGUGGACUUCAAAUCGAUAACUGUCACAAGAACAUUUGAUAUAAGAACGCUAAGUCUCACGUAUAUUGCUCACAUAAUAGGUCCAGAGGACACUGAAGGCGAAUUCAAUGGUACUUUGAAAAGAGUGAAAGAUGUCGGCAAUUACAAGGUCCUCCAAGCCACACUGACAAUUCCUGCGUUAGAAAGACGUGGUGAAAACUAUCCAGUCAUCGUGCUGUCAUCCAAAUCUUCGUCCUCCACAUACAUAAUGGGAAUCAACACUUUAUCCACCACCUAUAAACAGAGGGUGAUUCCUGGAGAAGGAUGUCUCUACAGAAUUUCUAGUACAGGCAAUGCUGGUGCCAUUUCUUAUAACACAAAGGCAACAUGUUAUCGGAGAACUCAGAAGGUUUUCACCUACUUCAAGGCGGGAUUUGAAAAGACAGAAAAGGGAUUGACAUUUCUUUUUGACGAAGAAGACGAGGAAAUCAAAUCAAAAGGAUAUCUUCAUUCUACAAGCAGUGAAGAGGGGAAAGUGGCUUCUUGCUAUAUCGACUUUGCCCGGAUGUUGGCUGAUGGGGUAAAACUCGCUUCACUGCGGUAUGAAUUGUUGGUCGUGUCUGAGGAUCAGGACGAGCUGGUAGCCUUUUCCGUUUGGAGCUUUGACAUUAUUUAAUUAACAUCAACAGUCGACCCUUUUUAUACUUCUGAAUAUAAAUAUAUGUAUAGACAUUUGAUGAGCCACUGGGAAAUCAGGUUUAUUGAGGGUUUUUCCUGAGAAAUUGAAAUUUUGAAAUUGCUUAAUAGGUUUUAUAUCAAUAAAAAGAAUAAUGAAGUAUUUCAGUGAAAUUCCUGAUAUCUAUUGAGUAAUGGCAUUACAAAGUUGGCAUCUUCAUCCUGGAAAUUGCAUUAUGUUUAUAUAAUGUUACGGUACAGCUGUUAUUUUUGUAAUGUUUACUGAUACUGUUAUUUAGAUUAAAAACAUAAAACAUUAUAAGAAUAAAAAAAUAUACUUC